AUGGCGAAUGUCGGUGUUGUCCAGCGCUUCAACUCGGAGGAGGAGUUUUAUCAAUGCCGUUCAUGUGCUACGCACAUAGCAUUAAAGUCGGAUUUCUUAUAUGCGUUGGUGCCCGGAGCAAAUGGAGACACCGGACUGGCAUUCUCCGAAGUAUCCAAUGUGUACAAAGAUCUUGUGCACACCAGGGUAGUGGGCGGUCGAGUGGUUGCAGAUAUCUACUGUGUCACCUGCUCAAGUUGUAUAGGAUGGGAAGUUGUAGAUCUAAGAAUUCCGGAUCCGGAUCCGGAUCCAGAUGAUAUUCAGCCUCCACCGGAUGAAUUUCCAGAUCCUGGUUUUGGUUCUGCUGCUGCGGCAUCGGCAUAG